GAAACCAGGAGGACCAGUGUAAGGAGUGCUGGAGAAGAUUUCCUGAGAAGGAAACAAAGCUGAGACAGGAAGGAUUUUGAUGUUGCUGUUGUGGACACUCAUGCUGUUGGUGGGAGCAGUAGCAGGAAGUGAAGUCUGCUAUGAUAGAUUUGGCUGCUUCACCGAUGAUAACCCGUGGGCAGGAAUUGUGCAAAGACCCCUGAAAAUCUUGCCCUGGAGCCCCUCAUCUAUCAACACCGGCUUCCUCCUAUACACUGAUGAGAAUCCAACCAACUACCAAAAAAUUACUGCCGAUCCAUCAAGUAUCAGGAGCUCUAACUUCAGAACAGACAGAAAAACUCGCUUUAUUAUUCAUGGAUUCAUAGAUAAGGGAGAAGAAAAUUGGCUGUCCAAUAUGUGCAAGACCAUGCUUCAGGUGGAAAGCGUGAACUGUAUUUGUGUGGACUGGAAAGGUGGCUCUCGAACUUUAUACACCCAAGCUUCACAGAACAUCCGGGUUGUGGGGGCAGAAGUGGCCUAUUUUGUUGAUGUCCUUAAGUCUGAAUUUGGAUACUCACCUUCCAACGUCCAUGUCAUUGGCCACAGUCUGGGUUCCCACGCUGCUGGGGAGGCUGGAAGGAGGACCAAUGGGACCAUUGGACGAAUCACAGGGCUGGAUCCAGCUGAACCUUGCUUUCAGGGUACCCCUGAACUAGUCCGAUUAGAUCCCAGUGAUGCCCAAUUUGUGGACGUAAUUCACACAGAUGGUGCCCCAAUAAUCCCCAACUUAGGAUUUGGAAUGAGCCAAACUGUGGGUCACCUGGAUUUCUUUCCAAAUGGAGGAAAGGAAAUGCCGGGAUGUCAGAAGAAUAUUCUCUCUCAGAUUGUUGACAUAGAUGGAAUCUGGGAAGGAACUCGGGACUUUGCAGCCUGUAAUCAUUUACGAAGCUACAAAUAUUAUACUGAUAGCAUCCUCAACCCUACUGGCUUUGCUGGAUUCUCUUGUCCCUCUUAUGAUUCUUUCUCUUCAAACCAGUGCUUCCCCUGUGCAAAUGGAGGAUGUCCCCAGAUGGGUCACUAUGCUGAUGAAUUUUCUGGGAAAACAAAAGGAAUGUUCCAAAAAUUUUACCUGAACACUGGUGAUAAGAGUAACUUUUCAUAUUGGAGGUAUCAGGUAGCUGUCACAUUGUCAGGAGAGAAGGUUAGAGGACAUGUCCUGGUUUCUUUGUAUGGAAAUUGGGGAAACUCUAAACAGUAUGAAAUUUACAACGGCUCUCUUAAACCAGGAAAUAGUUAUAUUAAUCAGAUUGACUGUGAUGUGGAUGUUGGGGACUUAGAGAAGAUUAAAUUUAUUUGGUACAACAAUGUGAUCAACCUAACCCGACCUAAAGUGGGAGCAUCAAGGAUCACGGUGACCAGAAAUGACGGCAGAGAUUUGAUGAAUCUUGUAUUUGCACACACUUCCUGUUCAAUGGGCCCUGAGAAACCUCAUCAUUCUGCUUUGGAAGUUUGGAAUUCUCAAGCCAAUAUGCCCUUCUUCCCCUGGACAGUGGCAGCGGCUGAGCUAAGAUAUGUGCCAAGCACUGGACUGGAUGCUCAAGUGUGACAAGGUGACCCAGGAAAUUCUAAUCCCCUCUUACUUUGUAACCCAGAAGGAAUGAGCUGGGGUCUCACGUGAGGGAAGUGGUAAGGGGUAAUGUGUUAGAACAGGGGAACAAGCUGAGGAGGGCUUAAUAAG